AUGUCUUCAAUGGAUAUUGACACAAGCCUUGAUAAUAUCAACGAACCAAUUAAUGAAGGUAUAAAAGAAAACGGUGAUCAUUCGAAGUCGCUUACGGCUUCACGUGAUACUUCAUUCGUCGAUGAAGACGUUCUAAUGUCAGAAGUACAAGUAAAGCAGGUUUCUAAUGAUGAGUCUGAACAGAGUGGCUCAAAAUCAAGUAAGACUGCGAAAGGAGAACUUCAACGUUUAAGACAAGAGCGAAAGGUUCAAAAGGAAUCCUUCGAAAGUGAUAGGCGAGAAUUAAAUAAAUCAAAGUUAUUUUCGCAUUUUAUUGAUUUAAAGAAAUCUAAAGAUGAAGAGUUUAAAGAUCUUGUUGAAGAAACAGAAAAGUUAAAUAAAUCAAAACAAAAUUCUGAUGGAUCUCGUCGUCAUAGAAAGACAGAAAAAGAAGAAGAUGAGGAACUACUAGAAGAUGAAGAAGAUGAAUCGGAAGACGUUCCAACCGUUUUUAAUGAAUCGCCAAACUAUAUAAAACAUGGGGUUAUGCGCGAUUACCAACUUCAAGGAUUGAAUUGGAUGAUAUCUCUUUUCGAAAAUGGAAUAAACGGUAUUUUGGCUGAUGAAAUGGGUCUCGGCAAGACAUUGCAAACCAUUUCAUUUUUGGGAUACUUAAAACAUUAUCGUAAUAUACCCGGUCCUCAUCUUGUUGUCGCUCCAAAAUCAACAUUAUUUAAUUGGCAGAAAGAAUUCAAUAUGUGGACACCGGAUUUUCACAUACUUGUUCUUCAAGGAAAUAAAAAUGAUAGGGCUCAAUUAAUAAAAGAUCGAUUAUUGUCCCAGGAUUUCCAAGUUUGCAUAACAUCUUACGAGAUGUGUUUGAUAGAAAAAGCACAUCUAAAAAAGUUUGCUUUUCAAUAUAUAAUAAUCGAUGAAGCUCACCGUAUAAAAAACGAGAAUUCUAUGCUUUCACAGAUUGUCAGACUUUUUAAAUCACGAAAUCGUUUAUUGAUCACUGGAACACCACUACAAAAUAAUCUUCAUGAGUUAUGGGCACUCUUAAACUUUCUUUUGCCAGAUGUUUUCAGCUCAUCAGAAGAUUUUGAUUCUUGGUUUAGUUCUCAAGGCGGUGAUCAAGAUAGUGUUCUGAGACCUUUCCUUUUGAGAAGAAUAAAAUCUGACGUUGAAAAAUCUCUUCUUCCGAAAAAAGAGAUAAACUUGUAUGUUGGCAUGUCAUCGAUGCAACGCAAAUGGUAUCAACGAAUUUUAGAGAAAGAUAUUGCCGCCGUUAAUGGUGCCAUCAGCAAAAGUGAAAGUAAGACACGGUUGUUGAAUAUUGUAAUGCAACUUAGGAAAUGUUGCAAUCAUCCAUAUCUUUUUGAUGGUGCUGAACCUGGUCCCCCAUAUACAACCGAUGAACAUCUAGUUGACAAUGCCGGUAAAAUGAUAGUACUAGAUAGACUCCUCAAACGGCUAAAUGCUCAAGGAUCUCGUGUCCUACUAUUUAGUCAAAUGAGUCGUGUUCUCGAUAUAUUGGAAGAUUAUUGUAUAUUCCGUGGAUUUGAAUACUGUCGUAUUGACGGACAAACAAAACAAGAUGAUCGUGUUACUGCAAUCGACGAGUAUAACGCACCGGGGAGCAGCAAGUUUAUCUUCUUACUCACUACUCGAGCUGGUGGUCUUGGAAUCAAUCUGACUUCCGCUGAUAUAGUAAUUCUUUACGAUAGUGAUUGGAAUCCUCAAGUUGAUCUUCAAGCACAAGAUCGCGCUCAUCGUAUUGGACAAACAAAACAAGUUUAUGUAUUCCGUUUUGUAACUGAAAAUGCUAUUGAAGAAAAGGUGCUAGAACGUGCUGCACAAAAGUUGCGUUUGGAUCAACUUGUCAUUCAACAAGGACGAUUAGCUCAAACGCAAAAAGCCGCUUCUAAGGAAGAACUCUUGACCAUGAUUCAACAUGGUGCAGAGGGUAUCUUUACUUCAAACGAUAGCACUGUCACGGAUGAUGAUAUUGAUAAAAUUCUCCGUAAAGGUGAAGAAAAAACUGCCGAACUUUCAAGUAAAUAUCAAAGCCUUGGGCUAGAAGAUUUACAAAACUUUACGUCAGAAUCGGCUUAUCAAUGGCAAGGCGAGGAUUGGAGUAAUAAGCAAAAGAAAAGUGACAUAGGUCGUUUUAGUUGGAUAGAACCGCCUAAGAGAGAACGUAAAGUCAAUUAUGCAGUCGACUCGUAUUAUAGAGAAGCACUUCGUGUAACGACUAAGCCAACUCAGGCUAAACCUCCAAAGGCGCCGAAACAGAUAACCAUUAAUGAGCAUCAAUUCUACCCUCCACGUUUGGUAGAAUUAUUAAAAAGAGAUAUGUAUUAUCAACAAAAAUUGGCAGGCUAUAAAGUUCCUUUAUCAGAGCCACAGGGUGAAGAUGACGAUGCAGAAUCGCGUGAACAGGAACGCCAAGAAGAACAAGAAAGAAUUGAUAAUGCGGAACCUCUUACCGAAAAUGAAGAAUCCGAAAGGGAUAGAUUAAUGAAUGAGAUUUUUGAAGAUUGGAGUAAACGUGACUUCAAUAAUUUUGUGACUGCAUCUGCACGAUGGGGAAGAGAUGCCAUUGCGGAAAUUGCCGAAGAAAUGGAAGGAAAAACUGCAAAAGAAGUCAAAGCAUACGCCGAAGUGUUUUGGGAUCGUUAUCAUGAAUUACCUAAUUACGAGGAAAUAAUUAGCAAGAUAGAAAGGGGCGAAGCCAAAUUGCAACAAACAGCCGAUAUUCAAGAAUUAAUUAAAUCAAAAGUUAAAUAUUAUCGGCAACCAGGACAUCAAUUACAAGUUUCAAAUCAAGGCAAAGGGAAAUCAUUAUACACAGAAGAAGAAGAUAGAUAUUUGUUAAUUGCCUUAGCCAAAUAUGGAUAUGGAACUGAUGACGUUUAUGAAAAAAUACGUAGUGAUAUUGAAAGCGUAGACAUGUUCAAGUUUAAUUGGUUUAUAAAGUCAAGGACAACAAGCGAAAUUGCUCGAAGAUGUACUACAUUGAUAAAUCUUAUUCAAAAGGAAUCUGGAGAUGAGGAGGAAGAUGAAAGACCAAAAAGAAAAGAAACUCCAACAAGUAACGGCACAUCUGUUUCAAAUUCUAAGCGUAGUCGACGUUAG